AUGCUCACAAUGUUGGAGGUUGGGUCACAUUCGCAAGUUUGUCCAUUUAAGAAAACAAUAUGCCCUAAAUGUGGGGGAGAAUACGAUAAUUGCGACACUAAAACAUUCAAAUGUGUCAAUUGUUCUGGAUGUCACAUGGCUUUAGCUAGGACUUGUCCUGCUUACCUUAAAGAAAGAAGGUUGCGAGAACUUAUGGCCGAGUUUAAUUGCACAUACAGAAGGGCUUUAACAAUCUAUGUUGCGCCAACACCACAUAGACAAAUGGAGCUAAAAUUUAUAGAACAAGAUAGCAUCCAGCAGUAG